AUGCUAGAAAUGGAUCUGACCCCUCAGAUCCUCCAGUCUCUGCGUGGGGCCAAUGGAGGGCUGCUGCGAGCCGUGUGGAGGGUGGCUGGGUGUUGGGGCAGUUGUGCCGGGGUCGCUGGCGUGUUGGUCCCGUACACGGGGACGCACAAACAGCUGCUGCUUUAUUUUCCCCUUCUCCUCCCACAGGGUUACCCCGGAUCAGCAGGGCCAGCUCCAGGUGCCCCGCAGGGCGGGUACUAUUCCGGAGCCCAGUAUGGAGGCGGGGGGCCUCCUGGUGGCUCCUAUGGCGGCCCAGCGCCUGGAGGCCCCUACGCACCCCCAUCUGGCGGAGGCGCUUAUGGGCAUCCCACGCCGGGGGGAGCACCCUCUGGAGCUCCCGGAGGACCCUAUGCAGGAGGCCCGGCUCCAGGAGGGCCUUAUGGGCAGCCCUCCACCAAUCCCUAUGGUGCCCCUCAGCCAGGGCCCUACGGAGCAGGGGCGCCUGCCGGUAACAUGCCACCCGGUGUGGACCCGGAGGCCUUUUCUUGGUUCCAGACAGUGGACGCUGAUCGCAGCGGCUACAUCUCCAUCAAAGAACUCAAGCAGGCCCUGGUCAACUCCAACUGGUCUGCGUUUAAUGACGAGACCUGCCUGCUGAUGAUAAACAUGUUUGAUAAAACGAAGUCGGGGCGGAUCGACGUCUAUGGGUUCUCAGCCUUGUGGCGCUUCAUCCAGCAGUGGAAGAACCUCUUCCAGCAGUACGAUAGAGACCGCUCAGGCUCCAUCAACUUCACGGAGCUGCAGCAAGCUCUGUCCCAGAUGGGGUACAACCUGAGCCCCCAGUUCAUCCAGCUGCUGCUCUCCCGUUACGCCCAGCGAGCUUCCAGCUCCACCAUCCAGCUGGACAGCUUCAUUCAGCUCUGCAUGCAGCUCCAGAGCCUGACGGAAGCUUUCCAGGAGAAGGACGCCGGCCGGGCAGGCAGCGUGCGGCUCAGCUACGAAGACUUCCUCACCAUGGUUGCCUCUCGCAUGCUGUGACGCCGGGGGGACGCUUCUUUGCCCGAGCGUGGGGAGACUGAGAAGCCAGGAAUGAGUCAUCGGGAGCAAUCAAUCCAUCCCUCUUGCAGGGACCCAUGUGUAUCCUCCGCUGGGAAGGAUAAACCCCUUCCAUUUCCUCUCCCCGCUGGGUGACCGACAUGAGGCGCCUGCAGGCGCGGGAGCCAGGUGGAAUCAGGCGGGGAAUACCUGCGGCGGAAGCCCCGCUGUCGGCCGCUUUGAUUUCAAUCUCCAGUCCACAAACCAAUUUAGGCAGCCCUGCCAAACACGUCCCUUGCGUUACGUUGCCACCAGGGGGCAUACAACCCACAAGGAAGCACGGUGUAAUUUGCAGCCCUGGCCAGUAACGGUCUUGCAGGAGAGCAGACGGCCUCUGCCCCCCACGUCGGGCCAGGGUCACAGGGGCGGUUCCCUCGGCAUCUGCUUUGGGAGCGUUGCCCUGCUGUACAGCUCUGCUCUGACUGGCCACCUUUUUCCUUUAUCCCCUGCCAGGCACCAAAACCAUUUUCUGUCCAAGCGAGCAAAACAUCUAGGGCUGCUCCCGUCUCCGGUUUGGUCCCCACGCCGUGCCCGCCCCCCCUCCGCCCCCCGGAAGAUGCUGUGCUUGUUGUCAGGCAUCUGCACGUGGUUUAUUCCUCCUCCGCCAGCCUCGUGGGGCUGGAGUCCUUGUUUCCCAGCAGUAACUUAGUGACGUCUUACCGCGUAGAAGCCUUAAUCUCCACCGCCGCAAGGAGGGGCAGGCAGGUGUUGCAGCAGGUGUGUUAACAGCUGUUCCCAUUCCUGGCCCUGCUGCUGGGGUUUCAAACCUGACUCCCUUGCCAAAGAGGAAGCGUUUCUCGGAACUGGCCAGGCGCCCUAUCACUCGUGGCAGGCCCCGUCCUUUUGUGACUUGUCCCGUGACAUUCGAGUGCCAGCCAGCGCGUGUUUCCUGCGCGGCGUGGAAACGGGCCGUGCGAGGUUAGGGGCACAGGAUAAUUAGCUCCCCUUUUCUUGCCAAUUUAUAUUUUGAGGGUUUUUUUAUUUGCAGGGGCCAAAAUCACGAAGGGUUUUGAGGGGCAGUGAGCAGGUUAGACUUAGAUCACUGUAAUAAAAUACCAUGUACAUUA